AUGUUGCGGAGAUUUUCUACAAAUUUCAAAAAAUCGAAGAAUGACCGCGAAACCAAGCAAAAUGGAACUCAGGUGAAUGGAGACAAGCGCCAGUCCAAAGUGUCCCCGGCGCGCCAGGCGUCUUCGGAUCAAGAACCAAGCGGUAAGGCAACAGCGGAUAGCGCGUCGGUUUUCGACAAGUAUGCGCAAGUCCUCCAUGCUUCCCAAAGCCCUCUGCCAAACCAGACCGGCGACGGUGCCACGUUUGAGCAGCACCAUGGUAGUCUCAUGAAAGACAUCCAAUCUCUUGACUACGAAGGUUUUACAACCGCGAAGGAGCUGGUCAGGACGAAGUUGAAAGGGGAGCUCGUUAACGAUAAAACAAUGCUUAUGGAGAACAUCAUCAAACUCGUUAGCGGUCUUCCAGGAAACUCUAAGACUCGCGCCGAACUCACAAACAAAUUCCUAAAUGAGCUUUGGGACUCCCUGCCUCAUCCCCCGCUCUCAUUUGUGGGCCCCGAAUAUUCCUACCGAUCCGCUGAUGGCUCCAAUAACAACCCUACCUUGCCAUGGCUGGGCGCUGCUAACACGCCAUAUGCGAGGUCUAUCGCUCCCCUUACAAUACAGCCAGGUGGCUUGCCUGAUGCAGGCUUGGUGUUUGACUGUCUCUUUGCUCGCGAGAAGUUCACCCCUCACCCGAACAAGGUUUCAAGUCUGUUCUUCGACUGGGCCUCUUUGAUCAUUCACGAUAUUUUCCAGACCGACCCCAGGAACCCCCAUAUGAACAAAACUUCAGGUUACUUGGAUCUCUCUAUCUUAUACGGUGAUGUCCAAGAAGAGCAGGACUUGGUUCGUACACAUAAGGAUGGCAAACUGAAGCCUGAUUCGUUUUCCGAACCCCGACUUCAGGCUUUUCCUCCUGCCUGCUGCGUUAUGCUAGUCAUGCUGAACAGGUUCCACAACCAUGUUGUAGAACAACUGGCCGAAAUCAAUGAGAAUGGUCGUUUCACCAAGCCUCAGCCUAACCCGAAACUCAGCGAAGAACAGCUCAAGAAGGCUUGGGCGAAAUACGAUGAAGAUCUCUUCCAGACCGGUCGCUUAGUCACGUGUGGUUUGUAUAUCAAUAUCACCUUAUAUGAUUACCUGCGUACAAUCGUCAACUUGAACAGAGUUAACAGCACGUGGUGCCUGGAUCCACGAGCACAAAUGGAGGGCAGCGAUCCCACGCCAUCUGGCCUGGGUAACCAAUGCUCUGUGGAGUUCAAUCUUGCCUAUCGCUGGCAUUCUGCCAUCAGCGCCAACGACGAGAAAUGGACGGAGCAGAUUUAUGAGGAGCUAAUGGGAAAGCCCGCUGAGGAAGUUUCAAUCCAAGACCUUAUAAAGGGGCUUGGCAAGUACGAUAGGAGUCUUUCAAAGGACCCCUCGGAGCGUACUUUCGCCCACCUUCAACGUCAAGAGGAUGGCACUUUCAAGGACGAAGAACUCGUAAACAUUCUCGCCAAUGCAACCGAGGAUGUUGCUGGUUCCUUUGGCGCACGGAACGUGCCCAAGUGCCUUCGGGCAGUCGAGAUUCUGGGCAUCAACCAGGCGCGUAGGUGGAAUGUUGGCUCCCUCAACGAAUUCCGCAAGUUCUUCGGCCUGAAGCCAUAUGAGACGUUUAAGGAGAUCAACCGCAACGAUGAAGUUGCUGAGGCCCUCGAGCAUCUUUAUGGGCACCCAGACUACGUAGAACUCUACCCCGGUAUUGUUUCUGAGGAAGCCAAGGAGCCUAUGGUACCAGGUGUUGGAAUUGCUCCUACAUAUACGAUCUCUCGUGCGGUUUUGUCUGACGCUGUGGCUCUUGUCGACUACAAUCCCCGGAACCUGACUAACUGGGGAUACAAUGAGGUUCGUUACGACCUGAACGUCAACCAAGGAUGUGUCUUCUACAAGCUUGCCACCAAAGCCUUCCCCAAUUGGUUUAAGUCUGAUUCCAUCUAUGCCCAUUAUCCCAUGACCAUCCCCAGUGAGAACAGGGAGAUUAUGAAGGAUCUGGGUAGGGAAUCUCACUACUCUUACGAGCGCCCGUCAUACACCCCUCCCCACGGGAAUCUGGUGUCCUAUCCCAAUGUCAAGCUGGCUUUGGAACGUGAAGAGGACUUCCGCGUGGUCUGGAGCGGCAAUACUCCGCUCGCCUCUGCUAAAGGUGGCGAUGACUUCUGGAGCAAAUCAUUGAACAAUGACCAGUGGCGUAACAGCAUCAAGGAAUUCUAUGAAGACAUCACUGCCAAACUUCUGAAAGAAAAAUCCGGAAAUCUUGCGGGAAUUAAGCAAGUUGAUAUCACUCGGGAUAUUGGAAACCUAGCGCCUGUUCACUUUGCCUCGAAGCUGUUCUCUCUUCCUUUGAAGACCAAGGAGAGUUCGCGUGGAGUCUUCACCGAGAACGAGACUUUCAUGAGUAUGGCAGUGAUCUUUAAUAGCAUUUUCUUCGAUGUCGAUAAGACCAAGUCUUUCUCUCUUCAUCACGCGGCUCGUGCUGUCUCUCAGCAGCUGGGCCAUUCCGUUGAGAGUCACGUCAAAUCCAUUAGCUCUCCUGGAUUCCUCAGCGGCAUCAUUGGACAUCGCCACAAUGACCACAACGCCUUGAAGGAGUACGGUGAUCAGUUGAUCAAAAAGCUUCUGGAAAGUGGCUUGGGUGUUUCCGAUGUCACCUAUUCUCAGGUUCUACCAGCAGCUGUGGCAAUGGUCCACAACCAGGCUCAAAUGUUUACCCAAAUCAUCGACUACUAUCUUUCUGAGGGCAAGAAGCAUCUCCCUGAGAUUAACCGCCUUGCCAAGGAGGACAGCAAAGAUUCUGAAGACAAGUUGAUGCGCUACUGCCUAGAAGGCUUCCGUCUGAAUGGAACAUUUGGAUCCUACCGCGAAGCUCAAGCUGACUUCCUCAUGACCGAUGAGACCGGCGAUGUCAAGAUCAAGCGUGGCGACACAGUAUUCGUUGGUGCUGUCAAAGCCAACCGUGAUCCUCAGGUCUUCCCAGAUCCCAAUGAAGUGCAUCUGGACCGCCCUCUGGAUUCUUACAUCCAGUACGGUCUCGGCCCACAUACUGGCUUGGGUAAGGAAACGACCUUGCUUGCAUUGACGUCUAUGUUACGUGUUGUCGGCGGCUUGGACAACCUUCGGCGUGCGCCCGGCCCCCAGGGUCAGCUGAAGAAGAUCCAGCGUGAGGGCGGUUACUACGUCUAUCUGCGAGAGGAUUGGGGAAGCUACUCUCCAUUCCCAACGACCUUCAAGGUCCACUUCGACGGUGCAAUUCCCACUCCCAAGAAGCGCCUCACCUCCUAA